AUGACAACCAGCAGCAGCAGCGGCAAUUUAAUCGUUAACGGUUCCUCCUCUGCGUCCUCUGCACCUUCAUCUUCUUCGACUUCCCACGGCCGGAAACCCUCUCUGGCUACCCAGUCGUCACAGCAAGCCCCCUGGGGCCAGCAGCAGCAGCAGACACAGCAGCCGCAGUCGCAGCCGCAAAAUGGGUUGAGGAUGCCUCCAGGCCAGCAACCUCCCACUCCUAGCUCGAUACACUUUGGCAACGUGUCAAACGGUCCUCAUCAUGCAUCUCAUGUCGGCUCAAGCCCCGCGCUACCCCCUUCCGUUCCACUUGCCCCCUCUGCUUCCUCCGACCUACCCGCCGGCUCCCCGCAGACUUCACCGUCUCCGGUCCCCCAGCCUGCCGCGAGUGGUGGCCCACCGCCUUCGCUCCCCCGCCAGGGAAUGCCGGCCUUCGGCUCGGUCACAGAGAAUUCUGACCCUAACCGGACGAUUCCACAGCGCCCAGUGUCGAUGCCACCGAACGCUCCCUUGAACCCGAACAUACCUGGCCCACCACCGCACCCAAGACGGGACUCUGGGCAUGGGGACGGUCCAAUUCCUGCUGGUAUAUCUCAUGGUAGGGGAAUGCCCCAGGGCAAUCAUCGCGGCCGAAAUCAGCAUCAGAUGGGCGGAAAUUUCAGUAAUCAGUAUCCACCCCAUAAUAAUCCUGCGCCUUUCGCCUCUCCAGGUUACUCUAACACCCCACAAUACCGGGCGGGGCCUAACCAACAACGAGGCGGGGCAACGGGUCCAGUGGGAUCACCCUACCAAACACCUGCUCACAUGGCAAAUUUCAAUAACAAUCGUGGAGGCAGGAGCCCUGCAUUAACCCAUUCUUUGCCUUCUACUCCACAGAUGAGUGGUGCCCAGCUCGCAGGAAAUGCCCCGAUGCAGCAUUCUCCCCAUAUGAACUAUCAACACCUUUCCCCACACCCGCAUAUGCAGCCAAUGCAGCCAAUGUACUCACAAGAAUAUGGCCAAUCUUCUUAUUAUAACCAACAUCAACCACAUUACAUGCCAUAUCCCCAACCUCCGUUAUUCCCCCCGGGCAGCCCUAGGACAGGAUAUAUGCCGCCGCAGCCUCAGCAAGGCGGCUAUAUGCCUCCUCCUUUCCAAGCCGGCCAAUCGUCUUCUAUGGCGAGAACCGCUUCACAACCUUCAGACCAUCACCCUAGCCGUCCAUCAGGAAUGCCGCAUAUGCCACAUGGUUCUCCCCUCACAUCAACAAAUAUACCACCGCCUCUUUCGCACCCAGGGCCUACCCCUCCUGUUCCCAGCAACCCGAAUAACCAAUUUUUCAAAAAGGUUGAGAAAACCUCAAAAAAAAUUGAAAUUCGAGAUCCAAAUACCGGCACUGUUAAGACUUUCUCUAACCUCCCGCCGCCGCCCCCAAUAUCUGGAAGAUCCCCUGUUAUAGUUUCGUCCUCUCCCGCUCCCGAUAACGCGGCUCACGCAAGGGCCGAAGCUAAACCCGUGCCCGUUGUACUUAAACCUUCAGGCGCGAAAACGAUCCAGGAAGUGAGAGAUGAGAUUAAAGCCACUGUUUACCGUGAAAUACAGGUAAAAAAACAACAGGAAGAGGACGAACUGCGGCAAAAGAAAGAAGAGGAAGAGAGGAAAGCAAAGGAGGAGGCGGAGGAGGUUGAACGCCUACAAAGAGAGGAAAUGGAGAAGGAACGAAUGGAGAAGGAACGAAUGGAGAAGGAACAACGGGAAGAGGAACAACGGGAAAAGGAACAACGGGAAAAGGAACAACGGGAAAAGGAAGAAGUGGAACGCAAAGCCGCAGAAGAAAAGGAAGCUGCUGAGGCUGCUGCUAAAGCGAAGGCUGAGGUUGAGGCUGAGGAAGAAAGGUUGAGACUCGAGCGUGAGAAGGAAGCCAUGGAAGAGGCUCGACGCAAGGAACGGGCCGAGGAGGCUGAGAAGCAAAGACUGGUUGCUGAGGCAGAGGAAUUGAAGAAGCAGGAGGCGGCUACAUUAGAAACACGACGAGUUGAAGAGCUUCGAAAAUCCGGAUCACCUGCCCCUAGAGCUUCGACGCCAGCUGGGCCUAGUGAUGAAGAUGCCGAUGCUAAGGCCGUGGCCACUGCCAUCAAGGGCUCAACACCACUCCCGGUAACUUCGAAAGAAGUUGGGGACCUUGCCUCAGAUAUCGCUAAGAUCACAGUCAACUCCCAAGCUACUACGGCAGAAACCCAACAGAACCCUCCAGCCCCUAAGUCAAACCAACGAAAGCCAGCACCGCUUAACCUUCAGCUUAAGACUUCUUCAGAACCAGCCCUCCCAUCAGCUGCUCUAACAGCUCUCCGCUCAGCACGAUUUAUUGACGAUAUCAACAAGGUCGCUUACCCUCCCUCCAUCAUCUCUCCGAACCCAGCUCUCAAUGCGAGUGCACCGAAUGGUAAAUUCAAGUACGAGAAAGACUUCCUAAUGCAGUUUCAGACCGUUUUUACGGAUAAACCUUCCACCGACUGGGAGCAACGAAUGCGUGAUACCGUUGGAGAACCGGAUUCUGCCCGGCCCAUGGGUGGGUCGCGAGCUCCAUCCUCCGCAGGUCCAGGCAAAGCGCGGUCAGCUCUUCCAGGGCCCCCUCCAUCCAUGGGGAUGGGGAUGGGUACAUUCCGUGUCGGUGGUGGUGUUGGAGGAUCAGUCAUGCCUCCGUCUGGCAGACAGUCAUCAAAUUCACCCUUCCCUAUCGGCGUUCCACGCCCAUUCCCCGCACGAAAUCACUCCUCAACCCAACUAUCCAACCAAGGCUCUGCACCACAAAGCCCUGGUGGCCCCAAGGGCUCCCAGCGCAGCGGUAGCAAGAACAUCCCUCGGCGGGGGGGGAUGGAUGGAAAGCGGCCAAGUCAAGGAGGCACAUCGAAGGCUGAACUAGAGUCCACCAAUCCUCCUCCAGCGGCUGCGUCAGCUGAUUUCGAGCCGCUGAAAGCGACAGCAUCGGCGUGGAAGCCGAGAACUGCGGGUGGUGCUACAGCGUCCUCGUCAUUGUCAAACCAAAUUAGUGCAGGUGGAAACGCUCCCAGCGAUGAACCACGUCUUUCACCCGAGAUGGUCCAGCGCAAGGUCAAAGCAGCCCUCAACAAGAUGACCCCCGAGAAAUUCGACAAAAUCGCCGAUCAAAUCCUCGAAAUCGCAAGCCAGUCCCGCUAUGAGACAGACGGGCGUUCACUCCGUCAGGUCAUCCAACUUACAUUUGAGAAGGCGACGGACGAGCCUAACUUUUCUUCAAUGUACGCUAAGUUCUGCAAGCGCAUGCUUGAAAGCAUGCAUCCUGAUAUCAAAGAUGAAAAUAUCAAGGACAAGAACGGUAAUAUCGUCACCGGAGGUGCACUUUUCCGUAAAUACCUUUUGAAUAGGUGCCAGGAGGAGUUCGAACGCGGUUGGAAGGUCAACCUUCCUCCGAAGCCAGAGGGGGUCAGUGAAGAGGCCGCAUUAAUGUCGGAUGAAUAUUACGUCGCAGCGGCUGCCAAGAGAAGAGGUCUUGGUUUGAUCCAGUUCAUCGGAGAGCUUUUCAAAUUGCAGAUGUUAACAGAGCGUAUCAUGCAUGAAUGCGUCAAGAAACUCGUUGACUACGAAGGUACCCCCGAAGAAGAAGAGGUUGAGUCACUCUGCAAACUUUUACGAACCAUCGGUUAUGCUCUCGACGCAACAGAGAAGAGCCACUUAGCAAUGGAUGCCUACUUCAACCGGAUCCAACAGAUGAUGGAUAGCAAGGAGUUGAACAGCCGCAUGAAGUUUAUGUUGCUCGACGUGGUUGAGCUACGAAAGGUCAAUUGGGAAUCUAAGGAGGCAGACAAGGGCCCCAAGACUAUCGCAGAGAUACGUGAGGAGGCGCAAAAGGCCCAACUCGAGAAAGAAGCUGCUGCUGCCCGCGAUAAACAACGGCAAAGAUCGCAAGCAGGUAGGGGGGAUGGAAGGUCGUUCUCACAAGGCGGCUAUGGCGGGAACCAAGGAUUCCAGGACCAACGCCAGAACCAAACUCUUGGAACAGACGAACUUCGCCGUCUAGGAGGGAUAAAGCCACUCCGCCAGGGCACUGGAGGUUCCUUCGGCCCCUCCGCUGGAUUAUUCGGCAGGUCUGGCAGCAGUAGUGGCAGCCGAAAAGGCCUCGGUGGCCUCGGUGCCCCUUCAAACCUGCAACCUGGGGCUGACUCCGGAGUCUCAUCCCGGACGGCAACCCCUCCUGUUACCCGGGACUCAGUCGCCUCCACGAACAGCUUCAGUUUACUAUCCAGCCAUCAAGAUGGUACUGAUAAUUCCGAAUCCCACGAGACAUCAGGGCCUAAUGACACAGGGUCUACCAACGAGUCGAAGUCGCAAAGCGCAGAUUCUUAG